CUCCUUGGUUUCACAAGCAACACAAGUCUUUUGCAUCCUAAAACAUCACAACUCAAUAUCUAUUUCUCAUCCAUUCCUUUAACAUAAAAACAAACAAUGGGUUUCCGCAGUAUUAUGAGAAGAACGUCAUUUUCCAGAACCCAAGGAUCUACCAAGGGAUCUGAAGUCCCUAAAGGCUAUCUCGCCGUCUAUGUUGGAGAUAAAAUGAGUCGGUUUGUGAUUCCAGUAUCCUACUUGAACCAACCUUUAUUUCAAGAAUUACUUAACAAAGCAGAACAAGAAUUUGGAUAUGAUCAUCCAAUGGGUGGGCUCACAAUUCCAUGCGGUGAAGAUGAAUUCCUAAACCUCACUUCUCGCUUGAAUUAAGUUGAGCGGUAAAUCAUGCAAAUGGAGAUUUAGAUAGAUUAGUUUAGGCUAAUUUGAACACAAGCCAUUUUUUCAUUUAGUUUGUUCCAUGUAUCAAUCAUUCCUACGGAAACAGAAAAUGUUCCCUCAAUGAGAAUGUUAUCACAAAAGAUUCUUAAAUCAUUUUUAGAUUUGUUCCAUAUCUCAACAAAUUAUAAUAUAUACAGAACUAUCAUUAUUCCGUUA